GCACACUGGGCCGAGCCAGCAGCAGCAGAGGAACAAGGAAACAUCUGGAUCAGAGAGGAAAUAAUCAUAAUGUGGGAUUAUUACACGAGUCUGUGCUGUUGUUCUCUGCUCCUUUAGAGGAGAAGAGAAAGAACCGGAGGAACUAGAAACUCCUGCUGCUGGUUUCUGGUCUCGGAGAAACAAGUCGCCUCUCCAGUCUCCACCAUGGAUCAGUCCGUCGCGAUUCAAGAAACUCUGGAAAGGGAAGAAAACUGCCUCAUAGCUGUCCAGUGUGACGUCUUCUCUGAUGACAACACAGAGAGCAGACUGCUGGGGCUGGUGGAGUCCACAGACGAGCAUGCAAUCUUUAUUUAUACCCAUCGAAGGAUGGCCAUUACUGCUGAUGAUGUGUCACUGGAGGACAUGGUGCCCAUCUCCCUCGACUUUGCUGUUGUGGAAGUUUCUUCACCAGAGGAACUUGCGGUUGUGGGUGCUGAUACUAAAGUGAGGCUAAGCUACCAGGAUGAGGAGUUAGAGCUCAGACUUCCUUUUGGGUCCCACUCGCGGCUUUUCCUCAGUGAGGUCAACAGGGCGUGGAGCGAUGUUUGCAAGUCGACCACAGAGGCUCCCAAGUUCGAGUGGAUCAGCAAGUACCACAAAGCGACGGCCAGCAGAGGCCAGGGAGUCGUCAAACAGGCCCUGGCUCCCCUCGGCACAACGCUCACCAAACUCAACCAGCACCGCAAAACAGAGAAAUCAUCAGACAAAAAGGGAAAUGUAGAAAGGGAGAAAGGAUCUAACAGUGGAAUACAGAAGGCCAAAGCAUAUUCCAGCACAGAGAGUCAGGGCAGCCGAGAGGAGCGGGAUGACCUGGUGCGCUCCUCCAGCCACACCACCUCCAACAAGGCUCAGAUCCUCGCCAUGCCGCAGUUCAGGCUGCGCGACAACCUCAUCAGGUGUGAGCUGCUGAAGAACGAGGACCUCUACACCUACCCGGAGGACUUCAGGUUCUUUCUGGGCACGUACAAUGUGAACGGACAGACACCAAAGGAAAGCCUCCAACCCUGGCUGAGCUGCACUCUGAACCCUCCUGACAUGUACUGUGUGGGUUUCCAGGAGCUGGACCUCAGUAAGGAGGCGUUCUUCUUCAACGACACGCCCAAAGAGCUGGAGUGGACCAAGGCCGUGUCCGACGCCUUGCAUCCAGACGCCAAGUAUGCCUUAGUGAAGCUGGUGCGUCUGGUGGGCAUCAUGCUGAUCUUCUACGUGAAGAAGGAACAUGCAGAGUUUAUUUCUGAAGUGGAGGCUGAGACUGUGGGCACCGGCAUCAUGGGGAGGAUGGGAAAUAAGGGUGCCGUGGCAAUCCGUUUUCGCUUCCACAACUCUGAUAUCUGCGUGGUCAACUCUCACCUCGCCGCCCACAUUGAGGAAUACGAGAGACGUAAUCAAGACUACAAGGACAUAUGCAGUCGCCUCCAUUUCCGCCAGCUCGAUCCUACCCAGCCUCCACUCACCAUCAUGAAGCACGAUGUGAUUUUAUGGAUCGGGGACCUCAACUACAGGAUCAGUGAGCUGGACGUCUCUAACGUGAAGGAGCUAAUCGGCAAGAAGGACUUUGAGACGCUUCACAGUUUCGAUCAGCUCAAGAGGCAGAUCGAUGAGGAGGCCGUGUUUGUUGGCUUUGAGGAGGGAGAGAUUGAGUUCCAGCCCACCUAUAAAUACGACACUGGAUCUGACAAAUGGGAUACGAGUGAAAAAUGCCGUGUUCCUGCCUGGUGCGACCGUAUUCUGUGGCGAGGGAAGAACAUCACGCAGCAGCAUUACCAGAGUCACAUGGCUCUGAAGACCAGCGACCACAAACCAGUCAGCUCCCUGCUGGUCGUCGGGAUCAAGAAAGUAAAUCCUGAAGCGUAUAAGAAGACCUUUGAAGAGAUCGUCCGAAAUAUAGACAAAAUGGAGAAUGAGUGUAUUCCGUCAGUCACCCUGUCCAAGAGAGAGUUCCACUUUCAGGAUGUGAAGUACAUGCAGCACCAGGCGGAGACUCUGAGCCUGUUCAACGACGGGCAGGUCCCCUGUCAGUUUGAGUUCAUCCAGAAACCCAACGAGCUCACGUACUGCAAGCCCUGGCUCACCGCCAACCCCCCCAAAGGCUUCAUCGCUCAGGGUGGUUCUGUGGAUAUUGAUCUGGAGGUUUUUGUGAACCGCUGCACUGCCCCUGAACUGAACUCUGGCAAGGAGCAGAUUGAAGACAUCCUGGUGCUCCACCUGGAGCGUGGCAAGGACUACUUCAUCUCCGUGACAGGAAACUACCUGCCCAGCUGCUACGGCUCCUCCAUCAGCUCACUGUGUCAGCUGAGGGAGCCCAUCCAGGACAUGCCGCAGGAGACGCUCCGCCAAGUGGCGGAGUCUGGAAAUGAGAAUGCUUCAAACAGUGAGAAGCCUCUAGAUAUCCCUAAAGAACUCUGGAUGAUGGUGGACCACUUGUUCCGCAACGCACUCAAACAGGAAGACAUAUUUCAGCAGCCUGGGCUCCGCAGUGAAUUUGCAGAAAUAAGAGAUUGCCUCGACACUGGCAUUCAAGAUUCUCUACCGGGCAGUAACCACUCGGUGGCCGAGGCCUUGCUGCUCUUCCUGGACGCUCUCCCAGAGCCCGUGGUCCCCUUCUCCUUCUACCAGCAGAGCCUGGAGAGCUGCUCCAACGCUCCUCAGUGUGAGAAAGUUAUUUCCAUGCUACCUCAGUGCCAUAAAAACGUGUUCAACUAUUUAGCGGCCUUCCUCCGGGAGCUGCUGAAGAACUCUGCUAGCAAUCGAUUAGAUGUCAACAUCCUGGCCACCAUUUUUGCCUCGUUGCUGCUGAGGUCUCCGUCGAAGCAGGAUCUGGCAGAAAAGAGGAAGACUCAGGAGUUCUUUCAGCACUUCCUGUCCCAGAGCUCCUCCUAGACGGAGGACGCCAUCUUUGUUCUUCAUGCUGAAGUUGAACACUAAAAAACAACUGUACAGUCCAGUAUUUGGAUCAAUAAACUAUCAUGAUUUCUUAUAUUCUUAGAUGGCUCUUUGUAUAGAUAUAUAUGGUAUAAAUAACUACUGUAAGUGAUAUUAGUCUGUUUCACACACAGAUCAUGCACAGUUUAUUGUAUAUCGUUGAGCAUCUGUAGACUUAACAAUUUUUAAUGUAUGUAUAUUUUAUUUAAAAAAAAUAAAUUUGUAUUUUAAUGUUUCUGAUCUAAGCACCAUCAUGUUUUUAUAUAUAAAAUGGUUUGAAACAA